AUGGCGGGGAGUAGUGGCUUGACAGCCUCCCCUUUGCGGGCGGAUCUGGCCUUCAAUUGGGUUUUCCUCAUCGAGUUGAUAGUCUGCGGGAUUGUUACACUAUUCUUCCUUUUCUAUUUCAAUCGCGUCUUCGCCGCGCUCGUAUCAUAUGGCAUUCGAGCCUGGACAUGGCAUCAAUACCGAGUUUAUGUCGACAUUCAAGCUUUACAAAUUUCCCUCCUGGGAGGACGAGUGUUUUUGAAAGGUGUCAGAUAUCAUGGCAACAAUGAAACUAUAUUGAUACAAAAUGGUUAUAUUACAUGGGCAUAUUGGCUGCGCAAUGUGAGAGAAUUGGAUUUUGGGAAUGGUGAUCCUACUAAGGAGCAGGAGUUGACUGUUAAUACGGGUGUUGAUGGGGAAGAAGGGCCAAAAGCAAAGAAGAAAUUACCGUGUCGAAUCAACGUCGUCUUGAAUGGAGUGGAAUGGUUUGUAUACAACCGAAGUGCAGCAUAUGAUGCUAUUAUCUCUGGAAUUGCUGGAGAGGGUGAUGAGCCAAAGCAUGUCGCGCAUAGCCAUGGAGAUGAUUCCUCACAGCAUGUGAGGUUAAGAAAGAAAGGUGUCCUAGACGAUUUUGGGAAUGCGCGAGAUUUGUCCAAAGAAUCAACGAGCAAUUCUCAAAAUGUGCCCUCUCAUAUCGAAGAACAAGCUAAGGUUGGAGCACAUGAUGUAGAAGGUAAAUCUGGUAAAUCUUCCGCGCAUUCCCAGGCAGCCUAUGCAGCUGUGGAAAGUGACGAAUCACAUGCGACUGUCGAAUCGACUUUUUUACUUAGGUUCCUUCCCGUCCACGUUGAAUGUUCCAAAGCUGCAUUGGUGCUUGGCAAUGAAAAUACCAAGACCGUCCUCAUCGCUAAAAUGGACAAGGCGGAAGGAGAGCUGGACGCUUCGGCGUCAACCGAACUGGAUCAAUAUAAGCAGCUCAUAAACUUUCGUUUCGAGCAUCCCGUCAUACAAAUGCAACCGAAUGAUGACUACAAGGAGGAUCAAACUACGACUGCCAGCCGAAUUAAGCGUGGUGUUCCGGAUCAGUCAGACCCGAGCGCACGCCGCGCCCAUUCUCACACCUUUUUCCAUCGACAGCGCAAGCGAGCAUGGCAUACUAUUCAAGACCUCGUGCCUUACUUUAGAAGUUCUGUAGAGUCUUUUUCGUCUAGUCAUGACAGCCGCUUAAAUUCACCGACCCAUGGAGGCCCUAAUUCCAGCAGCUGGCAGGGGCUUUCGAGAUAUUUAGAUGAGAGUGAGCAGGAUGACAAGGGGCGGUGGUCAUCUAACGAAUACGCAACAGUUACCACUAUUGCUGAUAGCCCUAGUGCCACCAUGAGCUUUUAUUGGGACGUCCCAGGCAAGGUUCCACGACAUCGUGAAGUGUCAAAAACAACGUGCAAUAAUAUCAAUGGUGAUGUUCCUCCUGAAUGGGGAAUUGAUCUUUCAAUAGAGGGGGCAAUUAUUAAUUACGGCCCUUGGGCAGAUAGGCAGCGUGCGGAUAUCCAGCGAGUCUUCUUUCCAAGUCUGUGUAAGGAUGCCUCUCCCGCCAGAGUGAUUGAACCUGGUCAAUACAGAGUGCCAACACAGUUCAAACUCUACAUUGAACUUGACCACGAGACAACGCUUCGGGUGCCCAUCAGAGAGGAAUCAAAGAACUGGAAAUGGACAAAGCAGGCAGAUAUCACCGGCGCCCGCCAGAGCGAGCGAAAGCGAACCAGUAACAUGGGUCGCAGGAGAAAAGAUGAUAAAGGAGCCCCAGGGCCCGAGGUUCGCCCUUUUGGGUGGCUUGACAUCAAAGUUGGUGCGAAUGCAACAGUUCGAUACGUUAUGGAUAUGGUAGCAGGGGAGUCUGGAUUCUCAAACAAACUUCAGUUGGAUUUGCCCAACACGGAGAUCACUACUAGUGUUAACCACGGCCUACUAUGGAGAUCCACAGGGAAUGUUAUAAGUUGCGACAUGUCAAGUCCUCUGCAAUGGAAUGGCUUCCGAACAUGGAACUUCGAUAUUGGUAGUCGUGGGUUGGAACUUUUCAUUUUGAGAGAGCAUGUCUUUCUCCUCACAGAUCUCGUUGGUGACUGGGCUAGUGGGCCGCCACCGGAAUAUCUCACAUUUACCCCAUUCCGGUACUUGGUAAAUCUUAACCUUCAGGGGUUUAAACUCUACCUCAACGUCAACGACUCUAAUAUAAUUAACAAUCCUGCCGAUUUUGAUGACAAUACUUUCAUCAUAAUUUUUGGGGAGUCACUAAUCGCAGAUAUUUGCAUUCCCAUCGAUACCUUUCGACCACACCGGAACGACAUAUCAUUUGACGUUUUAGCCAAGCACGGUGGAUUGAAUUUGCAUGUACCUCCAUGGAAUACGCAAGCCACCUUUCUCAAUUUCACAGAAAUUGCCCAGCUUGAUACUUUGAAGCUUGGAGGGAAAUAUCAAUACUGCGCAACCACUUCGUCCAUUAAUACUGAUACACUAAUACUUGAAGUAUAUGGCAAUGGAGCUACCGCUCAAUUCUACGGAUUCGUCGUCCGAUAUUACCUCAAGGUGAAAGACAAUUACUUCGGCGAUGACAUUCAUUUUAGAACCUUGGAGGAACACCAAGACGCUAUACGUGUAAAAACCGCUAGCAGCCAAGAAGACACCAAUGUUCAGCCUCACAAGAAGAGUAAUGAUCUUGAUGUAAUCUUAAGCAUAUCUGCCGACGAAUCUAGUGUGAUUUUGCCCGCGAAUCUGUAUUCCGCAAAGGAUCAUGUUCGCAUCGAGCUUGCGACACUGGCUGCCGAUCUUCGAUUCACUAACUACUACAUGGACUUGGACGUAGAGCUAGGCACAUUGGCCUUCUCUUUGGGUACCGAGAACGAUGAUAGAAUGUCUCUUCUAAGCGCCACGUCUGGUACCCAACUCUUCGUGGACGGUCUCAACAUCUCGGGCAACCGCCUUUUUGGUUUACCUCCUACUGAGCCAACUUAUGUCUGCAAUUGGGAUUUUGGGGUAGGUGCAAUCACCGGUGAGUGUACAACUGAAUUCUUCGUACGAUUACUUGGAGGCGCCAAAGCGCUUGCGUUUUCCUUUGAUGAUGAUGAGAACGCCCUGCAACCAACUAUUGAGCUAUUGUUGCACGAUGUAACUUUUCUUCGCGCCUCAGUAGACUCUAUUCGCAUUUGGAUACAUGUCGAAGAGGCAGCCUUUCUUUUCUCUACCUCUAAGAUCACUCUGAAUUUUGAUGAUUGGGCUGGAUCUCAUUACUCCAAAAAAUUGGAUCUUCAAAUACCAGACUUAAACUUUGGUUGCGUUGAUGCGGAGUCAGCGUCAAGGCACAGGUCGAGAACACAACAUCCCGUCCAGACUCACGGUCUUGUUCAGACAACGAUAUCCUUUGGGAUGAUCCAGAAGAAAUUAGCCUUUAUGGAAGACCGUCGAUUGCAGCAAGAACACCUGAGGCGCCAUGAUCAGAGAACGCACAGAACCGAUUUCCUAUUACACGAUUAUAUUGCGACAGAUAUAAAUCGAGAUAAUGUUGAUCCACCUGCCAUGUGUGUUCCACCAAUGCCACCUCCAAUCUCCUACAAUGAUGGAAUUGUUCAAGACAGGUCAUCUGCUUCUAAAAUUUCCUCUAAAGUGUCGUCAGUGCGAAGGAAUCGGCCUCAGACCGGGCGUAAGAGCUCAUUCCUGACCGCCUCCAGUUCAAGCUUCAAAAGCGAUCGGAGCAUUCUUCGACCUCAUUCGUUCAAUCGUGAGGGAACAUCUACUUCGGCUUCGCGCUCCAGAAGUAUUCAAGCUGGCCAGUCCCAUCUCAGAGAUCUUUCCGUCUCAACUGGUCGUCAAUCCUCAUUCUACAGUGCUGUUGGCGAGCCCAGAGGCCUGCCACCUUCUAGUGUUACCUUUUCAAGCUCCUACAUGGCACCUUAUUUUCCCCUUGAAGCUGUGGAGCCUGACACAAAGGAUCUUCCCGUCCUAGAUUCCGAAGCCCAGAACGAAAAUACCACGCGAUCAUCUCGCAUGAACCUGGGAGAUAUUCAGCCAGAUCGUGUUGGUGAUAAUGCGACGCACGUCAGCUUUAUUGUGGAAAUGCCCUAUGGUGUCAAGGCAGUGCUCAGCCCGAAGGCUGUGGCAGCCGUUGCGGACCUACUUUCUGCAAUACAAUCUGCGGACCCUGUUGACAUGAUAGACGAUCUUCAGAUAAGUUCGAUGGGCGAGAUAUUUGGCAUGGACAAAAAAGACAAAACGAAUGGCGAGGUUUUGGAUAUAGCUGUGCGAACUCCAAGCAUAUGUCUUCGCUUCUUGAAUUCACAAGAUGCGCAUGAUCUGAACAGUGGUGGGAGUGAAACGCAUGAUCAGUACGAUCUUUCCGUUUCACAGCUUGCUGUUACUUCGAGGAGUGAAACAACUGGAACAUCGAAUGUCGUCGCUGCCCAACCUGACAGGCAAUAUUCUUUGGUCCAUUUGUCCGUUGGAUCUGCUGUUAUGGCUGCCAAAGAACGUUUAGGCGCUCUAGAAGACCCACAAGCAGCCGUAAAUGCCAUUCUUGAGGAUGUCGUAUUCUGGGUUGCUUCUGGCAAGAAAACAUCAGUAAAUUUAAUAUUCAAAACUGUUGAAGCCAAUACGGCUAGCAGUAAGAUAGAAUAUCUGGCCUCAUUGGUUCAUCGCACCAACGUUCUCGCUGAUCGUGUAGGAGAGACUUUUGCAGCUAGAUUUAGCCAGCAACGAAAUCGUGUCCAGCUUUUUACAUACCUUGUAGCAACUGCAGGAGAGCAUGCCACAGAUCCAUUGUUUUUGACAAGACCGGCAUACGUCCUCCGAAGUGCACAAAAACACCUAAGGACUCAUGAUUCCUGGAAAGUCAUUUCUCGACUUCGACAUAUGUAUUCAAUUCUUGGUACAUCUGCACAGCUCGAUAUCAUGAGCCGCUGCGCGAAUAAUGCGGAAAGUGUUCCCGAAGACGCUGCACAAAGGGUCCUUGCCAGCUUUGCUCAAUGGAGGAGCUGGGACCUUAAUAAUCUUGGCACUUGUGUCGUAAUGAGCAAUGUUUUUGGUCUCGCCAAUGAUGAUUCCACCAUAGCCGCAUCAGAAGCACCAAACAUAAGUAUAUCAUUUCGAACAGAACUCGUGAGGCUUACAAUCGAUCCAGGUCCAAAGCAAAAUGAGAUUUCACUGUCUUCUUUAACGGCUAGUGCCUCGGUCAUAACCACAUUUUCUCCUAUCGCAUCUCCAGUAUCUGUAUCACAGCAUGACUCGGACCCAGAAACGACCCAGAACACUGUUCUACACAUGUCCUGCGAAGACGUAUCAGUCAAUCUAAAUUGGGAACUAUGUGAACUUGCACAAGAUAUCUUGAGAUUGUAUCAACAGAGCGAGGCGAACAUGACAGUACCAGAAAGACCUUCGCCAAUCACGCUAGCUCACCCAAAGCUAAAACCCAAGCAAAAUCUUCAAGUCAUAAUUAUAACAGAGAAAGGUUCUAUCUCGCUUGAUACAGUUAACCUUAGAGCUGUUUCCAUCAGCAAGGGAUUAAAAGCUUCUGUUGUCAUGACAGAAGGAACUGCCACUACAACCAUGUUCAAUGUUAUGCUCGCCGCAGAAGCUGCCACCUCGAAAAUUCAAAGCCAUUCACAGCCUUUAAGUCUGUAUCAAUUGCGAAACCCAAGUGUCUAUUUCUCACAUGAAAGUUCGACUGUCAAUGAAAUUCCUACAAACGUUUUCAAGAUUGCUGCCAAUUCACAGGAGCUGUCGUUUGUAGUUCAGCAAGAUAUUGUGGCACUCAUCGAAGUCUUAGACCUAGUUAUUGGAGAUGAAGUCGCGCAGCUUCAUAGCCUGGCAACGAGAUUUCCGACAGCCAAACGGUUAACGCUACCACCGAAUGUCUCACCGUCCAGCGUUCAAGAAUCAAAGUCGAUCAACAAGAUCCAUUUGGCAUUAUUCCUCGAUAUGUAUCAAAUCAGCAUACCUCUAAUACAAUCGUUGACAUACACCAUUUCAGGCGUUAUCGCUAGGGCCUCCUUAGCAGCUCAAUUUGGGUCCGAAAUUGUCUUCGACUUCGACAUCAAGGAACACUCACACGAUGUUCAGACAACCCAAAACGAUAAGCAGCAAAGUAUCUCGUUGUUACAAAUGCCACCGACAAAUGGCCGUGUCAUUAGCAGUAUAUCCGAGGAAGAAAAUAAAAUUUCAGUCUUCGCUUCAGUAGAACCUGUAGAGCUCGAUGCAGCUGCUGUUCAUAGUCUUUUGACUGCUCUAAAUCGGCCAGAAAUCUCCAGCGUCGUCUCUGAUAUUCAUGACGAUAUAAAAGCAAUACAGGCACAUGUUGAGGAAAUAUUUGGUCCGGGCGGCAGUCCAGUGCCAGCUUCACCACCAAAAGCUGGCCCUACUUUGAUUUACGACGCUCACCUAACCUUCGCGGGUUUGGAUAUUUAUGCAAAUGCGGAGCCGUCGCAAGAUGGUAAAACCACAGCAAGACUUGAAUUUAAUGUUGGAUGCGUGCAACUCCUGGUUGCUAAUCGGCUAGAACCCUAUGGGCCAACAUAUGAAUUCCCAGAGAUUCAUAUAAGCUUGCACCGGAUAAUGUUCGAGUUAUCACGCCUAAAUAACGGGACUAUGGAGCCUUGCGGAAACCUUGCAUUUGCUGCCUUCCUGACUGCCACGAGUAAGAAGAACGAAAUGGGAGACGAUGUGAGAUCAUUCAAUCUGACGAGCAAUGGCCUCGGAAUUAACCUUUUCGCCGAAACUGCAUCAUCCGUGGUAGACGUCAUGGGUCAUUUGCAGCAUAAAAUCAAAGAUAUCGACUUCACCCGGGAGAGACAAUAUUUUAAGAAAUUUCGCAAGUCUAAACCAAGGAUCGCAGUCAACGACGAGCCCAAAGACCAGGAUAGUAUUGCCUGCUCAAACUCAACUGUUAUGUUCGCCUCGAUGUACACUCUUGAACUGCUCAAUAUUCAGAUUAGUUGGCUGGUUGGCAAUGCAGAAAAUGAAUCUGCCUCACACUCCGAAAAGGAAAAUUUGGUUCUGUCGUUGAAGUGUAUUCAUCUAUCGACACGGAAGGAGAACUCGGCUCGACUGACCAUUGAAGAUCUGCAGCUGCAAAUUGUACCCUCUUCGCAUGACAAAAUCCAACGGUCACUCAAUUCAGCUCUAUUACCAGAGGUUAUCUUUAAUGUUGGUUAUAUUUCUGGCCAGAAUACUCGCAGAUUGGCAUUUCAAGCGGCAGGAAAAUCCCUUGAUUUGCGACUAACUUCUCAAUUCAUCAUACCUGCCGCUAAGCUUCAACGAUCAAUAGGAUCUGCUGCUGAAAUGGUGCGAGUAGCAUCAGCUACCUGGAGUACAAGUCCAUCACUGACACUACCAUCUCCAACGCCAGCUAACAAGCGGCAACCCUUCUUUGGGAAGAAGCGAAUGGAGUCAUUACUGGUGGAUGCCGACUUUGCUGGAGCCGUUGUAUAUCUGUCGGGUAAGAAUCUAGCAGAUACUACACAGUCAAAUCAAGCAGCCAUUGUGGGCCGCGUGCCCCAGACCGGAAGGUACGGGCAAUUUAGUCAUACAGAUACAGGCAGCAGCACAGUGCUACGCGCUCCUGGCCUUGCUUGGAAGGUUGAGUACAAAGACAAUGGUCUGGAUGACCCAUCUUUGAAUGUUGAGGUGAAAGUGGAUGCUUCGACAAAUAUACUGUACCCGUCAGUUGUACCUCUUAUCCUAGAGAUAUCAGCCUCAGUCAAAGACAUUGUAAGCGAGGAUGGUAAGGAUAAGAAGUCUGUGCCCAAAUCAUCGUCUCAAAAGUUUAAGAGCUCCGAAGACGAUAACAUCUUGGCAGCCGAUCCUAGUGCUGUCCUUGGCCGCACCCGACUCAAUUUGGGCCUAAGAAUCUGUAAGCAAGAAUUCACUCUUAGCUGUCAGCCUAUAGCACGUGUCGCUGCCAGUGCUCGUUUUGAUGAGAUUUACAUGACAAUUAAUACGGUCCGCUCAACCGAGCAUGGCCAUUUCUUUGCUGUAUCUGUUGCUUUCUCGAGGCUGCAGGCUUCAGUACAGCAUGUCUAUUCCAGGGAAUCAACUGGAAGUUUUGACGUAGAAUCAAUCUUCCUGUCUCUCAUGAAUAGUAAGCAUGUGAGUGGCACCAGUGGGAUGUCUGCAAUAUUGAAGAUCAGUCCCAUGAAAGUCUUAAUCAACGCCAAGCAGUUACAAGACUUCCUACUCUUCAGGGAGAUCUGGGUGCCUCCAGAGAUGCGUGAGAGUUCUACUGCUCCAGUAUCAUCACCUGACAAUACACAAUCGUCAACUUUUCUCGUGCAGAGAUACCAGCAAGUUGCAGCGACCGGCGCCUUCCCUUGGAACGCUACAGUAUCUAUUGCCGAGCUGGAUGUCCAAUUGGAUCUCGGCCAGGCUAUUGGCAAAUCUGCCUUUAUCAUAUCCAACUUUUGGAUCUCGUCAAAGAAGAACUCGGACUGGGAGCAGAAUUUGUGUCUUGGCUUUGAUAAGGUUGGGGUUGACAGCUCUGGCAGAAUGAGUGGGUUUGUGGCGCUGCAGGAUUUCAAAAUACGUACCUCGAUUCAAUGGCCAGCACGCGAGAAAGCAUUGAAUCAAACUCCACUGGUUCAAGGCUCUUUAGGUUUCAGUCAAUUACGAGUCAAGGCAGCGUUUGACUAUCAGGCCUUCUUAGUUGCUGAUAUUAUAUCUUUCGAAUUUCUCAUGUAUAAUGUUCGCAAUGGCUCCCAAGCUAAGGGAGAUCGACUGGUUGCCAUCUUAGAUGGGGAAGCCGUACAGAUAUUCUGUACCGCAACGACCGCAUCUCAAGCCCUCGCGGUCUAUCAAGCAUUCUUGCGACUUGCUCAAGAAAAAAAGAGUAAUUACGAAACGUCCCUUUCGGAAAUUGAAAAAUAUAUGAAGCGCAAAUCAGUUUCGCAGCCAAUGUCACCUCCUCCCAAAGCCUCUUUGAUGAUUCCAAAAUCUGAAAAGUCUGAAUCACCGGUCUCGCUGCACACUGAUGUGAUCGUCACACUGAAGGCGUUAAAUGUAGGGGCAUUUCCAAGCACAUUCUCAGAUCAUCAAGUCUUCAAGAUCGAGGCACUCAAUGCACAGGCUCGAUUUGCGGUAACAAUGGAUCAAGGGAAGAUUCAUAGUGUCUUGGCUCUCACUCUUGGUCAGCUUCGUAUCGGACUAGCUGGAGUGAAGCAAGUUGAGGCGCCAAAGUCUGUUAGUGACCUUUCUGUGGAAGAUGUGGUUGAUAGUGUCACGGGGUCUCGGGGAGGUACUAUAUUGAAAGUUCCCCAGGUCGAAGCUACAAUGCAAACAUGGCAGGUUCCCGGCUCUAACCAUAUCGAUUUUAUAUUCAAAAGUUCCUUCGAAGGGAAGGUUGAGGUUGGAUGGAAUUAUUCCCGCGUAAGCUACAUUCGCAGCAUGUAUGCUACACAUACAAAAGCACUCGCGCAAAGACUAGGGAAGCCAUUACCGCCUUCAGCCCUUAAAAUUACGGGUGUACCAAAUGCAGAAGAUCCACAGAGUAAGGAAGGCGAGCAGCAGAAGAUCACAGCCGAAGUCAACGUUCCUCUAUCGAAAUACGAGUAUACGGCCUUGGAACCUCCUAUCAUCGAGACACCUCUUCUUCAAAGUCUGGGUGAAGCAACGCCACCAUUGGAAUUCUUUGGUUUGCAUCGAGAUCGACUUCCAAAUCUUACACAUCAAAUAGUAAUUGUGGCAUUAUUGGAAUUGGCUGGGGAGGUAGAGGAUGCUUAUGCAAAGAUAUUGGGAUCCUCUUAA